UAAAAUAAAGAAAAACUCAGCAACUCCAUCAAAUAAACAAAUAAUGCAACCGCUGCUUUGCCCUUGUAUCAGAGACAAGUUGGAACUCGACUGACCGGGAAACAGUUUCACCCGCCAAAAAAGAGUCAGAAACAAAUUUUCUGAUUUCUCUUCCACUUUCCGGCACCACCCGCGCGGUUACAAUUCCGUCGCGAUAACCGCCCCUGUCAAAGCCAACUGAGUCGCAUCGGUUAAUUCACAACACAGGCGUUGUUGCAUACAAGGGAGUAUCAAAACCUAAUUAACUCAUUCAUGGAAAAUCUUUUUGAUGAUAUUGCUCCUACUCCUACUACACGUGCUAGACCAGGUGCCAGGUUUGCGCCUAGGGCUAAACCGAAACAGCCGCCUCGAAAGAAUGUAUCUGCAUCAAAAGAUGAGAACAAUGUGCACGUUGCUUCAUCAACCACUCACAAUGAAUCAGAAGGAGUUUCACAGAUUGAAUCUCAUAAUGCAGUUACUGUAGCUUUCUCGAUUGAAGAACCUAUCAAGUCUGGUCUCAAUAAUGUUCACCUUGUUAUUGAUGUAGAGAAUGAAUUGAAUAAUGUGGCUGCCCCGUCUACUAUCUCCUCAACAAUAGUUAAGGUGGAUGAACUGCCUCAAAACGGGGAAGGUUCAUUUCUCGGUACAGACAAAAAUUUGGAAGUUGAUAAUUCACGGGAAGUUACCUUAAACGUGGGCUUCGAAAGUGCUUCGGGCGACAACAACACUGCAAUACCUGAGAGUAACAGUCAUUCAAAUUUUGAGUUUGGACAGGUGGGAGAGGUAUUGUCUGCCGAAAUUGAGUUGGAUCCUUUCAGCAAUGUCCUCCCUGAUCCUGGCACUGGGAAUGCUCGUAAGUUUCAACCCAAGGUUAAGCCACGGCCUAGAGUCAGCAAUACACCAGUUAUUGCUUCUGCUUCAUCUGAUUUCCUGAAUAUGACCUCAGAGGCUGUAGUUCAUGAUGGAACUGGAGAUUUGCUUUCUAGCUUUGAUAAAUCAGCUGCAGAGAAUGCAGAUAUUCUUUUGGGGCUAGAAUCACUUGAUGGCAUUCUCAACCAAGCUGCAACUGCUACAGGAAAACCAGAUCUUAAAUCUUCCAAUGUGAAGGGUACAGAGGAAAAUUUUGUCCUUCCAGAAUAUGAUAACAAAAGUAGGUCGGAACCACAGGAAGGUGCAAACUUGAAUCCUGGCUGCCCAAUUGACAAUGUCUAUGAUUAUCAAUCCAUGAAAUCUGGCACUAACCCGACAUCUGAAAUUCCAAGGCAUGAAGUGUUGACAAAUUCUUCUGAUAGUCCCACAUUGGCCGACUUUUUGCAGCUAGAUGGUACUAGAGAGAAAGAAGAUGCUAAUGAGACAAAAAUAUCUCUAAAGAAGCAUAAAAUAUCGUCUAUUGCUGUUGUGGAUGAUGACGGUGUUAAAACCUUAAGGCAACCGAGAAAACAAGCAGUUCGUAAACCCGCUAAAACCUCAUUGAAUGAGGCUAUUGAGGAUGACGAUGUCCUCAACCCUCCUUAUGAUGCUGAUGGAGAUGAACUUGAAGAAAAGGAUGAUGAGUACGAAGUGGAUUAUUCAUCCAAAAAGAAAAGAGCAUCAACAAGUUCUAAGAAGAAAUCCGUGGCUAAAAAUGGAAAAACAUCUGGUAAAAGGAAGAAGGCUAAUGAUGAUAUUGAAAAGGUUACUGAAGCACCUCUUAAAAUUCGAAAAACAUCUGGAAAACGCAAGAAGGCUAAUGAUGAUAUCGAAAAGGUUUCUGAAGCACCUCCUAAAAAGUUCCCGCAUUCAUCUCGACGAAGAAAAAGAUGUGUGGACAAGGCUCUGCUGGAUGAUGAAUUUCUUGAUCAGCGAACAUUACCUAUUAGGGAUAUUAUUUUACUUGCAGAGUAUAAGGAGCGAUUGGCGAAAAAGGAGGCAGCAACUUCUAAAGUAUCUUCCACCAAUCAAAGCGACAGGGAUGUUCUUCAUGAGGCUGAUGCUAAUAAUGAAGAGGAGUUUUUUGGUUCAGAUGAUGAAUUUAGAGACCCUGAUGAUUAUGAUCAGGCAAGUGAGAAGUUUACAUCAACUGCUCCCUUGUUGAAUUACCAGUCUUUCAUGAACAAGGCACCUAGGGCAAAAUGGUCAAAGCAAGAUACAGAACUGUUUUAUAAGGCUGUUAGUUUCUGCACAGAUUUUGAAAUGAUACAAAAACUUUUUUUCCCUGAUAAAACACGCCAUCAAGUUAAGCUGAAGUACAAGAACGAAGAACGGCAACAUCCUUUACGGUUAUCUAAUGCUGUGAAUAAUCAUGCAACAGAUCUUUGCCAUUUUAAGCUGGUGGCUGAGAGUCUGCAACAAACUUCUAAUAAGGUAGAACAAGAUACAGCUAGUGAUGAUGCCCCAGAUUUUAUGCCAGGGGAGGAGGUUGAGGACCCGACACCUGGAACUAAUGAAGAGGUUGCAACAACUCAGAAGGACGACAUCGGAGUUAAAGAUCAGGAAGAUCCCAUGGAAGAUCAAAAUCUGGGGCAAUCUGAUGAUAGUGAGGAUGAGUUGCAAAAAUGGGCUCAGUAUCAAAGUGCUAUUUAGUGAUACGAAUGAUAUAGCCAACAAUUUUGAUCUCAUUUUUUAUAUUAAAGUUUAUGCAAUAUUUUAGCACAUUGCCAUUUGCUUUGGCAAAUCACUUUGUCAACUUCUAAUUUUUUAGUCAAGGAUAUUUAUUGACUCUGGUCUGUCAAUUAAAAA